UGCAAACUUUCUUCUUCUUUUCAUUUCUUUCUCUCUUUUAUUUCAUUAAGUAUUAAAAACAUCACAGCAUACACAAUGGCUAAGGCAGAUACUAAGAAGUCUAAGAAGACCGCUUCCAAGAAGCAAGAAGAAAAAGCAACAAAGGAAGUCAAGGCAAAGAAGCAAGAAGUUUCCGAAUCUGGUUCUGAUUCUGAAUCUUCUUCUUCUUCUUCCUCUUCUUCUUCUUCAUCUGAAUCCGACUCUGAGUCUGAGUCUGAGUCUGGUUCCGACUCUUCUGAUUCUGAAUCUGAAGACGAAAAGAAGGAAGAAAAGAAGGAAGAAAAGAAGGAAGAAAAGAAGGAAGAAAAGAAGGAAGAGUCUUCUGAUUCUGAUUCCGACUCUGACUCUGACUCUGAGGACGAAAAGAAGGAAGAGAAGAAGGCUGAAUCAUCCGACUCUGACUCCGACUCCGACUCUGACUCUGAUGAUGAAAAGAAAGAAACCUCAAAGAAGAGAAAGGCAGAUGAAUCUAGCGAAGAAGAAUCUACUACUGCUUCUCCAGAACCAGAAACUAAGAAAGCAAAGACUGAAGAUAGUUCCGAGCCAGCUACUCUUUUCGUUGGUCGUCUUUCAUGGAACAUUGACGAUGAUUGGUUAAAGCGUGAAUUCGAGAAGUACGGUGGUAUUAUCUCCGCUAGAGUCAUCACCGACAGACAAUCUGGUAGAUCAAAGGGUUACGGUUACGUUGACUUUGAAUCUAAGGAUGUUGCUGAAAAGGCACUCGCUGAAAUGCAAGGUGCUGAAGUCGAUGGUAGACCAAUAAACGUUGAUUUGUCCACCUCCAAGCCACGUCAACAAAACACCAACGACAGAUCCAACGACAGAGCAAAGAAGUAUGGUGACGCUAAAUCCGAACCUUCAGACACUUUGUUCAUCGGUAACUUGUCUUUCGAUUCUGACAGAGACAAUGUCACUGAGUUCUUCGCUGAAUACGGUCCAGUCAUUGGUGUCAGAUUACCAACCCACCCAGAAACCGAACAACUUAAGGGUUUCGGUUAUGUCCAAUUCUCUUCUGUUGAAGACGCACAGAAGGCACUAGACAACUUGAACGGUGAAUACUUGAACAACAGAGCUGUGAGAUUAGAUUUUUCCACUCCAAAGCCACAAAACAACAACGGUGGUGGUAGAAGUUUCAGCGGUGGUAGAGGUGGCCGUGAUAGAAGUUUCGGUGACAGAAAUGGUGGUGGAAGAGGUGGAAGAGGUGGCUUCGGUGGAAGAGGUGGCUCUGGUGCCAACUCUACCCCAGUCACCAACUUCAGAGGUACUAAGAAGACUUUCGAUUAAACGUCUUAGUUCAACCUGAUUUCCUUGUUUCCUUUUCACACACACAAUUUUUGUUUUCCAAUUGAGUAUCUUUUCUUUCCAAACAUCCUCGUGCAUGUAUAAAUAGUAUUUUUUGUUUCCUUCACGUUGAUUUUCUCGAUUCGCAACACUUACUUUGAAUAUAUUUACUUAUGUAGAGUACCUACGUAUCUAAUCUCGACGAACGUUAGAUAUGCUUUAAUUUAGACUAAAACUUUAUUUCCGAUCAUUGCUGGC